AUCCGCCCAAAGCACUGAGUAUCAAACUUCUCAGAUUUAUAAUCCUGGAGAUGCUUGUUCACCACAUUGGUUUUCAAUGUUAGGCGUAAUUUUAUUCAGACUAAAUUUUUGUACUGAACUUUUUGUUCAAGAAACAAAGUAGCUUUGCGACUGAAUCUUGAGGUGUGAAGAUGAAACGCCUCGGUUUCCACAAAAGGGAGCAGGAACCUUUUGUGGAGCUUAGUUCCUCUACCUGCGUUUCCAUUGGAGGAACCGGGGUCCAAAUUUAGUUUGGGGAGUUCUGUCGUUUCACUGAGUUGAAAUGUGUUGGUGUCAGCAGUGAUAUGUUUAAGGCUUUUUAUCUUAAUGCCUCCAGAUUCAGAGUCCUGGAUGAGUUUCUCUUCUUUUAUAUGCACUCACUUUGACUCCAAACGCCAGCUAAUUAGCAGUGAACACAGAACAGCUGAGGCUGAUGGGAAUGUCAUUGUUUUUCCAAGUGUUUGUUCAUAAACCAAAGUACUGGACAUUCAAAUGUGGCCUGAUCUUUUGAGAUGUGCAGGAAGCCACGUGAUGAGCUGUGGGUUUGAAAACUAAUCUUGCACAGUUUGGUGAGUCUGUUCAGUGGUGCUGAUGAUAAUCACAGAUGACUUCACAUCUUCCCCAGGCCCCUGUUAGCUGGAUGAGACACCUGGCAUUAUCAUUCACGUUACACAUGCAGGUAAAGUCCACCAGGUGGGUCUGCAGCCCGCCGCUUCUCUUUAGGCAGAGUGAAAGCUAAUGUAAUGAAAGUGGUUGAAUUGAUCUUAAAACAGUGGAUUCACUGUAGCUCAGACACAGCAUUGCAAACACUGAACACAUUUGGGUGAAGCUGCUGCUGCAGGGACUUUUGCCUCAGUAGAAUCAAAACCGGUUGUUGACUCCUUGCAAAGACAAACAGCCAGUGCUGUGUUGUUCUUAGAGACUGAGUUGUGCAGUUAGUCAAACAUGGCUGUUCAUAGCCAGUAAAAAUAGGUCAAAUGAAGAACACAAAAGCAUGAGAUCGAGUCUGACUCUGGAAUAAAAACAAGCUGCACAACUUGUCAGGCCUGUGUCUGGCAGCUGUGGCAGGGGAGGGUUUCUGUAGAAGUGCAGCCUCAUCCUGACAGGAACGGUUGUGUUUACCAGCUGGACAGCUGCAGAGCAGCCUCUUGCUUCAUGUCAAGGUUAUGGGGGUUAGUGAACUUUACUGGAAAUCCUGCAUUUCCUCACAAAGGCACACAGACAUGUUUCUCAUUCACUGCCUACACACUGAUGGUAACUGCAACCACCAGCACUACAUGUCUAAUCUUUAACUAACUAACCAGAAACCCAGCGUGAAGCUGUCCUGGUUCUCACAGGGGCCUGCUGUUUGUCCAUGGCCUGACUCUGACAAACAGACCUGGGGUCAGCAGAGGGUCAGAGGGAGGAUCAGUGCUGGAACACAAGAGGAAGCACAAAGUCCAGACGGGUUUCAGACUGAACGUCAGGUCUGUGCAGGAGGAUGGAGGUUCUGCUGGUUCUGGUUCUGCUGCUGAUUGCUGUGCAGCGUUCAGAGUGUGUGCAGUGUUUUGUACAUUUCGACCUGGUCUCCGGUCAGUGUGAUGGAGAGCUCGGGGAGGUGGACAAGGAUGACUGCUGUCAGAACCCUCAGUACGGUUACAAGACAGAAGAUGGAGUGUGCCAUUUUUGUGGUCGUCUGGUGUGGUCUACCUGGUCGCCAUGGUCACACUGUAACGUCUUGUGUGGCGAGGGGGUGAGGCAGAGACACAGGAAGUGUUUUGGCAUCGGCGACUCCGGGUGCAACAACAUUGUGGAGAAACUGCAGACAGAGCCGUGCAGUGGCGUCUGUUGCGAAGAUAAGGGGUGGGGCUUGUGGCUCAGCUGGUCGCCCUGCUCAGUCACCUGUGGAGAAAGCGGAGUCAGGAAGAGAGAGCGAGUCUGUUCCAGUCCUCCUGAGUGUCAUUUGGCCUGCAAUGGUCCUUCCAAGGAGACGCAGAACUGUUCCCCACAGAGCACCUGUCCAGUCCACGGUGGUUGGUCCAGCUGGUCCAAUUGGUUUAAGUGUUCUGGUUUAUGUAUCGAUGAACAGCGUGGUGAUGUUCCCACCAGAACGCGACAUCGUUCCUGCUCUAGCCCCGCCCCGUCUAAUGACACAGUGCCACCUGGUGACCGUUGCCCUGGACAGGGCUUCCAGGUCCAGGAUUGCAGCGAGCUUCCCAACUGUCCAGUGGAUGGCAGCUGGGGGGCGUGGUCUCCACCUGGGCCAUGCUCCGUCACCUGUGGCGAGGGGCUUCAGCUGUCAACAAGGAUGUGUAACAGCCCUGCCCCUAAAUAUGGCGGUCGACUAUGUGAAGGGUCGAGUGCUCGGAGCAGUGUCUGCCAGAGUCCCUGUCCUGUGGACGGGUUCUGGUCCGGCUGGUCCAGCUGGGGUGAGUGUUCCUCGUCCUGUAUCCCAGAAGGCCGACCCCCCGUCAGGACUCGCCGCCGCUCCUGUUCUAACCCCACGCCUUCAUCCAGCCCACGUGGCAAAGGGUGUCAGGGUGAUGACAGCCAGACGGAGAACUGCAACAACCUGCCUAACUGCCAAGUUGAUGGAGGCUGGGGGUCCUGGUCUCCCUUCACUCCCUGUCCUGUUACCUGUGGGAUGGGCCCCCAGGUGUCAGUCAGGAGAUGUGACAGCCCUGCCCCCAGACAUGGUGGCCAGCCGUGUCUUGGCGAGGGGCGUCGCACCAGCGUCUGUGCAACCAACGUCCACUGUCCAGUGGACGGAGUGUGGUUGGACUGGUCGCCCUGGAAACCGUGUAAAUACCCGUUUGGUGAUAAGGAAAUCCGCUGUAAGCAGCUGGGCGGCAAACAGACCCGAGACCGCCUGUGUCAUCCUCCAGCCUUUAAUGGGUCUAUCUGCAGCGGAGCAGAAGCCCUGACAGAAACACGGGUCUGCUAUGACGUCAACCGUUGUGUCCUGAAGGGCAGCUGGGAAGGCUGGGAGCCAUGGAGUUUGUGUAGACCACCCUGUGGAGGAAGCCCCCAACGCGCCAGGAGGAGAUACUGUAAACCUGAUUACAGCAACUACAAUCCUACCAUUGGUCGCCAGAAGAUCCCAGCGAUAUUCUUCGGAAAUCCAAAUGCUGACUGCGGUUUCGUGACCCUCGCAGAGAAGACUGAGGUUCAGCCCUGCAUCAACGUCCCCCCCUGCCCCUAACAACACAUUCAUCGAUGACUCGAUGUAGGCUGCAGUUCUUUUCCAGGUGCUGAUGAACCUGUAGGAGCAUGUUUGGUUUACACAAGUAAAAGUACCACUACAUUAAUGAAAAAAUCCUCUAUUGUAGUAUAAGUAUUAUCAGUGUAAUGUAGCUAAAGCAUCAGCAGUAAAACCUGUGGUGGAAAGUAACUAAAUACCUGUACUUAAGUACAAUUUUCAGGUACUUGUACUUUACCUGAAUAUUUCCA